CCCCAUUCCCAUACUUCACUCCUCUCUUUCCCCUUAUCUCUCUUUCUGUUGCCUGAAGAUAUAUACAUUUGGUUAAAAAGCCAUUUCUACCCUUUGACCUUAUAAACUUGAUCCUUGUGUUUCAUUUCCAUAACUAUUUCUUCAUCACUACUAACCCACUCACUCUCACUUGAUCUGUUUUUUCAUCACUACUAGCUGCAUGAACACGCAUAUACGGGUUCUCCUCAUACUGUACUUCUGCAUGAUUUCGUGCCUCGCUUUUUAAGAUUGCUUCUCCUUCGUGUACGGCUUCAGAUACAAGUUAAAGGGAAUACAACAACUUGAAAGAAGGGCUAAACUAAUAGUGAUGGGCAAGGAUCAAUUGGAGGUGCUGAAUGCACUUGAUGUGGCCAAAACACAAUGGUACCAUUUCACAGCAAUUGUGAUUGCAGGCAUGGGAUUUUUCACUGAUGCAUAUGAUCUCUUCUGCAUUUCCCUUGUCACAAAAUUGCUCGGCCGCAUUUAUUACCAGAAACAUGGAGCCGCAGAGCCAGGCAGUUUGCCUCAUAAUGUCUCGGCCGCUGUCAAUGGUGUUGCCUUCUGUGGCACCCUAACUGGCCAGCUCUUCUUUGGCUGGCUUGGUGACAAAUUGGGCAGAAAACGAGUCUAUGGCAUGGUCCUUAUGGUCAUGGUCAUUUGCUCUGUUGCCUCCGGCCUCUCAUUUGGUAGAGAGCCCAAGGCAGUGAUUUCAACACUCUGUUUUUUCAGGUUCUGGUUAGGCCUUGGCAUUGGUGGUGACUACCCUCUUUCUGCCACUAUCAUGUCUGAGUACGCAAAUAAAAAGACUCGUGGAGCCUUCAUUGCUGCGGUGUUUGCUAUGCAGGGUUUUGGGAUUUUGGCUGGUGGAACGGUUGCAAUUAUUGUGUCUGCAGCUUUUAAGGCACGAUUUCCUGCACCAUCUUACGAAGUUGAUCCAGCUGCUUCUAUUUUCCCUGAAGCCGAUUAUGUUUGGCGCAUUAUUUUGAUGUUUGGUGCUAUCCCAGCUCUGAUGACUUAUUACUGGCGUGCAAAAAUGCCUGAGACUGCUCGGUACACGGCCUUGGUGGCCAAGAAUGCCAAGCAGGCUGCUGCUGAUAUGUCAAAAGUUUUGCAGGUCGAAGUAGAAGAAGAACAAGAGAACAUUGAGCAAGGAGGGAAUGAUUUUGGUCUUUUCUCAAAGGAAUUUCUUCGGCGUCAUGGUGUUCACUUGCUCGGAACUACCAGCACAUGGUUCUUGCUUGACAUUGCCUUCUACAGCCAGAAUCUAUUUCAAAAGGAUAUCUUCAGUGCCAUUGGUUGGAUUCCAAAGGCAAAGACCAUGAGUGCACUCGAAGAAGUCUUCAGAAUCGCCAGAGCACAAACCCUUAUCGCGCUUUGCAGCAGUCCAGGGUACUGGUUCACCGUGGCAUUCAUCGACAGGAUUGGACGGUUCUCAAUUCAAAUAAUGGGGUUUUUCUUCAUGACUGUUUUCAUGUUUGCAUUAGCCAUUCCUUAUCAACACUGGACACUAAAAGAAAACCGAGUAGGUUUUGUUGUGAUGUACUCGUUGACCUUCUUCUUCGCCAAUUUCGGUCCAAAUGCCACGACAUUUGUGGUGCCUGCAGAGAUUUUCCCAGCAAGGUUAAGGUCCACAUGUCACGGUAUAUCAGCUGCGUGGGGGAAGGCUGGGGCAAUGGUUGGCGCUUUCGGAUUUCAGUACGCAGAAAAGGGGAUUGGGGUGAGGAACUCCCUUAUAAUUUUGGGUGUGGUCAACUUGCUAGGGCUGUUAUUUACCUUCUUGGUGCCUGAAUCAAAGGGAAAAUCACUGGAGGAUUUAUCUGGUGAAGGAGAGCAAGAAAAUGCAACUGAUGCGGUUUAAAUAGGCUUCUUAAUCGUAUUUCUAUAGCAUUAUCGGGUAGACUUUUUCUACUUUUCAUGGUGAUUUGGUUUGAUCAUGUUGCUUAAUCUUCAUAAGCAGUUUAAUUAGGCUUCUUCUAAAUCGCAUUUCUAUUGCACUAUCCAGUAGACGUUUUCGAAUUUUCAUGGUGAUUUUGUUUGAUCAUGUUGCUUAAUCUUCAUGCUUUUGUGCCGGUUUAGUCUUUUGUUGUAGGGCAAUGUUGGUUUUGUGUUCUUCAUUUGCAAUUGAAAGUUAAAAGAAAAAAAAAAAAAAACCUAUUCUGUGAUGGUUUCUUUGAUGCUGUUCUGUC